GGACUACUGUAUCGUUUGUUGUCGUGAAGCAUUAUCAAUUUGCUAACAGUGUGUUACUCGUUCGAAACCCAUACCACAUUUUUUUUAAGGAUCGGGGUGUUUAAGGGUUAAUCACAAGCUAUCAAUAGACACAUUACGAUGAAAUAUGAGAUUCAACAAAAAAACAGUAAAAAAAGUACAAUGGCCUGGAUUGCUGAUAUCGGAGUCAAUCUUCUGCAGCUGCAAAUGGGACUGAUAGCGGUUUGGAGCUCACCGUACAUCGCAUAUCUGACUUCAUCUGAAUCUCAUAUUCCCAUGACAAUGGACGAAGCUUCGUGGGUAGUUUCUUUAUUAAACCUAGGCAGACUAAUUGGCGCCAUUUCUGGUUCUGUUGCCGUCAACUAUCUCGGUACUAAAACAACGUUCUUCGUGACGAGUUUGCCAAUAACUAUCUGUUGGCUUUUUAUAACUAUGGCUAAUCGAGUGGGAUGGCUCUAAGCAGCCAGGUUACUAGCUGGUAUUAGCCUAGGAAUGAUGUACAGCUGCUACUCGCUUUAUCUAGGCGAGAUUGCGGAUUCUACCAUUCGCGGAGCACUAGUUGUCUUAGCUGUAAGUGGAUUGUCAGUAGGAAACCUAAUGAUGAGCAUCAUGGGAGCAUAUUUAAGUAUGGCAAUGAGCGCUACGAUAUGCUUCAUCCUAAGCUUCUCAGUGAUAAUCGUUUUCAGUUGGUUGCCGGAAUCGCCGCAUCAUUUUGUCAAGAUCAAAGAAGAAAAUAAAGCACGAGCCUCGAUACUCUGGUAUCACCGCGAUUGCGACGUGGGGUCGGAAUUGGAAACGCUGAAAGACUUUCUCGAAAAGAACAAGAGUUUGUCACUCUUGACAUUGUGAAGGAAUUCAGAAUUCUGUAUAUCUGGAAAGCGCAAAU